AUGUCCCGGUCUCGGUCGGCUCCCAAGACGCACCUUCGCCACAGCUACAUCCACUGUCCAGGCGCCACCCCGCUGACUUCGGCCACGCUCGGCCAAGUCAUCGACCGCGCGGCCUACGACUACAGCAGCACCGAGGCGCUCGUGUUUGUGCACCAGGAUAUCCGAAAAACAUGGCUUCAGGUCAAACAAGAGGCGGACCGGCUGGCGCACAGCUUCCUCUCGCUGGGCCUGGAGAGGGGUGACCGGCUCGGCAUCUGGGCCACCAACCUGUACGAGUGGCAGCUGACGCAGUACGCCGCCGCCAAGGCCGGCCUCGCCCUGGUGAACGUCAACCAGGCGUACCAGACCAACGAGCUGGAGUACUGUCUCAAGAAGGUGGGCAUACGCACGCUGGUGGCGGCCGACGGCUUCAAGACGUCCGACUACUACGCCAUGCUGUCGGAGCUGUUGCCCGAGCUGGCGAACGGAGAGCCCAACGUGCCACUGCAGAUCCGCUCAGAGAGGUUACCGCAGCUGCGAGACAUUGUGAUGAUCACCCAGGAGAGAAAGCGGUGAGUGGUGGUCCACUCAGAGAGGUUGCCAGUGGA